UGCUCGACCAGAGGUGCUGGAGCCAUGGAGCCAAGGCCGCGGGGCUGUGUGAUGGAGGUGAGUGGGGUCGCUCGAGGCCAGGAAACAGCCUGGAACUGCAGCCUUGCAGGGAGUGGGGGUGGGGUGCGCUCAACUCCGACCUCCCUGAGGGCUGGGUUGCCUCCAGCGACGACCUAGUUAGAGGGCGGGCGUGCCCUUCCGCUGAGAGGAAGCACAGGCUCCCGGGGAAAGAGGAGUCUGGGGGCCUCUACCUCUCAGAAGUCAUGGCUGGGGCCAAGGUGGCCCCAUCUCGCUGGGUGGAGGGGAAAUGGGCAGAGGGCUGGCAAGGGGCCCUCCUCUUUUGUUCAUAAGCUGGUCUGUAGACAGGGAGAAGGCCCAUGGGCACCCAGGAGCCUGAGCAAUAAAUCAGUCAGGCAAAUGCUCAGGCCUCAAGAAUGGAGGGGGAGCCGGGGAGGUUGCCUUCUGGGGCAGCCAGGCCGGGUUCAGCAGCACAUGCUCCCCAGGCUCUGUUUCUACUGCUGCUGCUGCUGCUGCUUGAUGGCCAGGGCCAGGGCAGCAUUCCUGGCAGGUGUGACUGUGCCGGUGAUUCACAGAAGAGGUAUGGGCCGUUUUGUUGCAGGGGCUGCCCAAUGGGACACUACAUGACGGCCCGCUGCUCAGAGCCCUGUGGCGACAACACCUGCCUUCCCUGCCCUCCUGGCACCUUCUUGGCCAGGGAAAACCACUCUAAGACGGACUGUACCCGCUGCCAAGUGUGUGAUGAAGAGGCCUUUCAAGUGACCCUGGAGAACUGUUCAGCGGUGUCAGACACCCACUGUGGCUGCGAGGCAGGCUGGUUUCCUGACUGCUCCACGGAGCCAUGUGUGGACACUUCACCUUUCUCUUGCAUCCCAUGCUCAGACUGUGAUACUACACCACCCCGGUCCUGUCCGUCCGGCUUCUAUGAACAUGGCAAUGGCUGCGUGUCCUGUCCCACGAGCUUCAGCAGCCCUUGUCCUGAGGCCUGCACUGCGGUCUGUGGCUGGAAGCACAUAUUUUGGGUCCAGGUGCUUCUAGGGGCCUUCUUUCUUGGGGCCACCCUGAUCUGUGCAUAUUGCCGAUGGCGGCCGUGUAAGCCUGCGGUUCCCGCAGACACAGCUGAGACGGAGACCCUGACCAUACCACAGACUCUUCAUCACUCAGCCUCAGACAGCGCCCACACCCUCCUGGCACCGGCGGGCAGUGCCGAGAAAGUCUGCACCACCAUCCAGUUGGUGGGCAACAGCUGGGCCAGUGGUUCCUCCCCGACCCAGGAGGUGGCCUGCCACCAGGCCUCAGAGUCCUGGGAUCAGCUGUCAAACACAACUCCCGGCCCUCCUCUGGCACCGCCGCUCUCGCCAGCGCCCCCCGCAGGCUCCCCGGCUGCCCUGCUCCAGCCCGGUCCCCAGCUCUAUGACGUGAUGGACGCCGUCCCAGCCCGAAGGUGGAAGGAGUUCAUGCGCACGCUGGGGCUGCGGGAGGCGGAAAUUGAGGCUGUGGAAGUGGAGAUCUGCCGCUUCCGAGACCAGCAGUAUGAGAUGCUGAAGCGCUGGCGCCAGCAGCAGCCGGCGGGCCUGGGUGCCAUCUAUGCAGCCCUGGAGCGCAUGGGGCUAGAAGGCUGUGCUGAGGACCUGCGGAGCCGCCUGCAGCGCGGCCCGUGAGUGAGGCCCACAGAACCACCGUGACAUCCCAGUGACCCUUGAAGGAGCCUUAAGUAUUGUUACUUAUGCGUGUAGACAUUUUAUGUCACUUACUAGGGCCCCCAUCCCCACCGGCACGGUCCUGCGUAGCAGGGCCGGCUGCCUCACCCCUGCUUACCUGCAGCUCGGAGCUCCGGCUAAGGGAAGCAUCAUGAGAAACACCAGAAGGGACCAAGUGAAUGGUUGCUCAGCUCUUAAUUAGCUUGAGUUUGGACUUGGUAUUAAAUAUCUUAAGAAAA